GGCGGACAGGAGGCAGGCCGGUGAUUUUCCACUAGUGAUGAUGUCUAAUGGUCACCCAUGUUGAGAGACAAAGGUCAGAAAAAAGCUCAUAAACUAAAUUUACCGCCGCUGCUGUUAUUCAGCACUCUGUCGCCACACAAUACAGAAGAACACAAGAGCUUUACAGAGGAAUAAAAGGAAACACAACGCAAAAGCAUGGCCCAAAAAGAGAAACUCCAAUGUCUAAAAGACUUCCACAAAGACAUCCUGAAACCUUCCCCCGGAAAGAGCCCAGGCACGAGGCCGGAGGACGAAGCUGAGGGAAAACAUCCCCAAAGGGAAAAAUGGGCAAGCAAGCUUGACUUUCUUCUGUCAGUCGCCGGGGGCUUCGUAGGUUUGGGAAACGUUUGGCGUUUCCCGUACCUCUGCUACAAGAACGGCGGAGGUGCAUUUCUCAUCCCAUACUUCAUCUUCCUGUUCGGUGGAGGCCUGCCUGUGUUUUUCCUGGAGGUGGCUUUGGGCCAGUUCACCUCUGAGGGAGGGAUCACCUGCUGGGAGAAACUCUGUCCCAUCUUCACAGGUAUCGGCUACGCAUCCAUUGUGAUUGUUUCUCUGCUGAAUGUCUACUACAUUGUCAUCCUGGCCUGGGGUUUGUACUACCUGUUCCAGUGCUUUCAACCAGAGCUCCCCUGGGCAAGCUGCAACAACAAAUGGAACACUGAAAACUGCAUUGAGGACACCCUCCGCAAGAACAAGACCCUCUGGGUCAAUGCAAAUGCCACUAACUUCACUUCCCCCGUCACUGAGUUCUGGGAGCGAAAUGUUCUCAGCAUCUCUGAUGGUAUCGAGGAUGUGGGUCAUAUUAAAUGGGACCUGGCUCUUUGUCUUCUUGCUAUGUGGGUCAUCUGCUUCUUCUGUAUUUGGAAAGGUGUGAAGUCCACUGGGAAGGUUGUUUAUGUCACUGCAACAUUCCCGUUUGUAAUGUUAAUCGUCUUAUUGGUACGUGGUGUAACUCUUCCUGGGGCAGCCGAGGGCAUCAAAUUCUAUCUGUACCCGAAUGUGACUCGCCUGGGAGAUCCAGAGGUUUGGAUUGAUGCGGGGACGCAGAUUUUUUUCUCCUACGCCAUCUGUCUCGGUGCCAUGACGUCACUGGGAAGCUACAACAAGUACAAAUACAACUGCUACAGGGACUGUUUGCUGCUUGGAGGCCUGAACAGCGCUACCAGUUUUGUGUCUGGCUUCGCAAUAUUUUCCGUCCUGGGCUUCAUGGCACAAGAACAAGGGGUGGACAUAGCCGAUGUGGCAGAGUCAGGUCCUGGCUUAGCCUUCAUUGCCUACCCUAAAGCUGUGACCAUGAUGCCACUGCCUACUUUUUGGGCUGUUCUUUUCUUCAUCAUGCUUCUGCUGUUGGGCCUCGACAGUCAGUUUGUUGAAGUGGAAGGGCAGAUCACAUCCUUGGUGGAUCUGUAUCCAUCCUUCCUACGGAAGGGUUAUCGGCGUGAAAUUUUCAUUGCUAUUAUCUGCUUUGUGAGCUUCCUGUUGGGAUUAACCAUGGUUACCAAAGGUGGCAUGUAUGUGUUUCAACUCUUUGACUACUAUGCAGCCAGUGGCGUGUGCCUUUUAUGGGUUGCAUUCUUUGAAUGUAUUGCCGUAGCUUGGGUUUACGGCGCGGAUAAUUUCUAUGAUGCGAUUGAAGAGAUGAUUGGUUACAGACCAAAUCCCUGGAUGAAGUGGAGUUGGACUGUGGUCACACCUUUUCUGUGUGUGGGAUGUUUUGUCUUCUCAUUGGUCAAGUAUACGCCCCUGAGGUACAACAAAAUGUACGAGUACCCUGAUUGGUCCAUUGGAGUUGGCUGGAGCCUCGCGCUCGCUUCCAUGAUCUGCAUACCAAUGGUGGUCGUGAUCAAAAUUAUUCAGUCAGACGGACCUCUCAUUGAAAGGAUCAAAGCUGUGGCAGCACCCGUGCGUGGAGGGGCGAGUUCUUGCCCCAAAGACCACCGACCCAAAAACAACGAGCUGGUGCAGCCUUUGGAUCCCAACUGGAAUGGAAGCUUGACGAAGCCCCCCACGCACACCGUCGUAGAAACUAUGAUGUGAACGCUCUCUGUGAGAGGAUAUAACAUGACCUGCUUUUCCAUGAUAUAUAUAUAUACAGUAUAUAUAUGUAUACAUAUAUUAUAAAGUAUAUAAUCUGUACUUUUUAACAUAGUCGUAGGACCAGGUUUACAUUGCUACGCAUCUGCACUAGUUUUUGUUUUUGUUUUUUUACAAAGUAAGAGAAUUUUUCCUGUCUGUAUUUUUAAGAUUUUUAUCAUAAUACUAUUAUAUUAAUAUUAUUGUCGCUGUUAUUAGAGAGAGAACCGAUCACGUACAACAGUAUCCGUAAAGUAGAACCACAACUGUUCUAUUUUUGUAUCUUGUACAUAUUUGAAUUAGUUGAAUUGUGGGAAAUAACACAAAAGGGCUUCGUAAACCGGUGAACGCAAGUAAACAUAAAUGGUUUUAUUGGUGUACACAGCAAAAAAAAAAAAUUAUAUCCUCCCUUGUAAAAUUUUCAAUAUCGGGGAGAUUUCUUCAAAUAGUAAUGUUAGUUCUCACGUGUCACUGUAGAUCUUUAAUGUUAAGAAGCUAAGUGUGUCCCGACAAACCGUUUACACUUGAGAUUGUACUAACACAAAGGACACUAAGUUUUGGUGCACUUUUAAAGUACAUAAAGUCUAACCGUUUUGGAUGCGUUUGUUUCCGAAGUCACUCGCGUGUGAGGUCGGAAAUGCACGUCACACUAAUUCUAGGCAACGUCUCUAUCCCCAUAACACAUUCAUGAGAUGUUUAGCAUUCAGGAUUAGUAGAUACUAUAGGAGAUGAGAGCUUGCCUGCUAUUGCAACUACCAUUCGGAUCCCAGCAUUGAUGUGAAGGAAAUUUCCCACUAAGCAAUUUUGCGUUUAAUGGCCGUCCAAACACAGCAUAAACGUCUAGGCUAAAACAAAGCAAAAUUCUAACCAUAGCCUAAAAAUAAAUGACAUGCAAUAAAUAAAUAAAUGAAAACAAACACCUUGUAAUCACUGAUAACUUUGCCAAUCCAAGUUUAUUUUGACUAGAAGUGGAUUACUCAUAGCUGUACUAAAUCGGGUCUUUGGUAACCAAGAAAUGACGGCUACUGCUCGCUGGGAUGGCCCUGAUUUACUAAAAGUUUGCAUGCAAAAUCAUGUGGUUAAUUACCGAAAAUACGUCAAAGGUGGUGGUGGAGGUGGUACCUUCUGUAUGCCACAUUUUCCAUACCCGUCCCGCACAUACUGGGAAUUGAGAAAUGCACGUACACUGUUAAAAUUAAAAGUCGGAUCAACUUAAAAAAAAAUGAUUUCAAUAAGGAACAUCUAAAAUAUAUAUUUUUUUUCAAUUUAAACAUUUUCAACUUAAAUUUUCACUUUUUUAGGUGUUACCAACUCAAAUCAUUUUUAAAAGUUUACACCUUAACGUGAUAGAAUGUAAGUUAAUAAAACAUAAUUUUUUACGUUUUACGAAUUGAAGUAAGUUUUUUUAACACUAAAACUCCCACCCCAGGGGUCGUUGGAUACCUAAAUCCGCCAGCGGUAAAAUUCACCCAUAUACAUAAAUACUGUGUAUUAUACCACUGUAUUCACAAAGUAAUGUGUAAAGUCAUGAACUUAUUAUUUUUAGUCAUCAACUAUGUUUUGGUCCUGUUGUCUUAUCACUAUAUCAGCUAGACUUAUCACUUUUUUUAACGGUGAAUAUAGGCUAAAUUGCGAUGUUAAUGAGAAUUAGAAGGAAAUAAAUAGAUAUUUGGGUGACGUAGUUAUAAUAACAUGUCAUUACACACAUAUUUAAAUACUAAAAUACCCUAAAAUAGACAAUAAAGAGCAAUAAUAAUUCACAAAUUUAAGCACACAGUUUCACCUGUUUAAUUAUUAAUUUGUUUAGUUAUACUAUUUAUAAUUUGAGUAAGACAACAAUAAUAUAGAUUAUUAAAUAUAGCAGUGCAAAAAUUACAAAGCGAAUAUAGGCGUAUUAGGUAAAUUUGACCCGGCUAGUGAUUAUAGGUGCAAUAUAAAUGCCGCGAUUUUAAUCUGGUUUUAUGUAAACAAUUUUAAACAACAUGAGAUUGUAAAUAAUACAAUUUUAGUACACUGUAAAAAAUUGCGGUUAAAAAACGGCCAGAUUCUACAAGAAAAUGCUGUUUUCAACAAAACAGUAAAUUACUGUAGAAAUUUACAUCUUUGCAUCGUUAACUCAAGGCAACCGGUUUCCCAAAUGAAAUGAUUUAGGUUCAAGGGUAUUAAUACGGUAACAUACCGUAAAAUAUAGGGGAGUUGUUAAUUUACGAUAGUAGAACUGUAAAUUAACAGUAAAUUGCUGUCAACUUAGCUGCCAGUAGUUUACCGUUAUACUACGGCAUAUUUUUUACAGUGUAAAAGUCAAUGAUUGGGAGACUUUAUUGAAAAUCUGUUAUGUACAUUUAAAUAACAGCCAUGGGUAAAUUUUACUCUAGUGUUAAGAGCAGCUUUCACUUUUUUCAGUGUACAAUGUGUUAGAUUGCAAUAAAAUUGUUUUGGGGGGUCUUAGUAUAUCAGGGUCAUAAUGUAGCUAAGCUAUACAAAAGUACAUUAUCAUUAGUCACCCUUUCACCUUUGUUAAAAAUGCACACAUUUUUAUUUUGGGGAUGUUGGAAGGUGAAAGUUGCCUCAUUUUUAAAACCACGUAGAUUCAGGGGAAGUUGAUUUUGUUUCGUGUAUCAACUCUAAGCAGUUUUUAUUUCCAAUCACAUUUGCCUUUUGUAUUAGAAGUCACUGUAUUUGACUGUUAUGUUCAAUAAUCACCAAUAGAUCUCAUCUACAACUGUUAAUCAAAAAAAGCUUGCUAUGAAUUAUUAUGUGCAAUACUUUGUAGAACAAUAAGCGUUGUUCCUUUCUUCACCCGUCUUGCAAAAAGUUGGUACUACUUGGAAGUGUGGAGUUUUGUAUACCUUAAGGUUUAUGCUAGAAAUGAUGAAAAGGGGCCAAUAUAAGCUACCGUUCACGGUAUGCUUAACUAACACCAAAAAAACUCAAUGCAGUUCUACUCACUGUGAUUUAUAUUUUUUCAAUUUUAAGUAUAAAAAAUGAUGCGUAAAUAUUAGCAUUACUGCCAAUAUAUGGAUUCAAUUUAUUAUUUUUCUGACUUGGCCAAGUUAAACUCAAACUGCAGCCAAUUGAAAAGGGAGAUGUGGUACCGUUUGGAGUGUAAAAGAAAAAAAACUAUUGUAAAUGUUGAAAGAGGCACAAUUUCUUAGCAAUACAGAAAUUAAUGUCCAGUCUCAGGGUGUGUUCUUAUGAACUCAUCUUUGUUUUAUUUGAAAGAGUCUUGAUUUAUUUCCCACUAUUGUUUGUGUCUUUAAACCCUUCCAUUUUGAAGAACAGUUGGAGGACAGUGUUUGUAAAUUAAAGAGACCUUUAUAAAUAUAAUAUGAUUAGAAAUGUUUUAUUUUUUUAUUUUUGAGGAUAUCUGUAAUUAAGUGAGUGUAUCAAUACAAUUUUACAGUACCCGAAACGAGAAAAAAAAGAAAAAAACUUUAUAUAUCUUAAUAAACAUUUAUCUUUUAAAAACC